CCAGCGCUUGGUCUUUCUCAGUUGUCGGUGCGGCCGGCGGGGCGGAUCCCAAUUAAUUUUUUAGAAACAUAACAUAAAUAUAAACAAAGCAUUUUUAACCCUGAAAGCAAUCUCUUUUUUUCCCUUGAGGAUUUAUACACACUGAACGAUGCCCUCAGCGACUAUCAGCAGCAGCAUGGCUCAGGCGGCCAGUCCAGAGGUGGGGUCCGUUCCUGGCUCGCUGCCCGUGUCAGCCCAGUUCCAGUCCGGUGCCCAGUCGGAGACAAUCAAGCAGGUGCUGGGUGUCAUUGAAAAGAAAGUCCGAAACCUGGAAAAGAAGAAGGGGAAGCUUGAUGACUACCAGGCAAAGGUGAACGGUGGAGAAUGUCUCAAUCAAGACCAGUUGGAGGCAGUAUCCAAGUUCCAGGAAGUGGUGAAUAAUUUGGACUUUGCUCGGGAACUGCAGAAGGGCUUCCUGGCUUUAGGCCAAGAUAUCCAGAAGGCUGUGAAGAAGGCAGCACGUCGAGAGCAGCUGCAGCGGGAGGAGGCAGAGCAGCGGCGUCUCAAGGCUGUGCUGGAGCUGCAGUUCAUGCUGGACAAGCUGGGUGAGGAGACCGUGCGCAACGAACUCAAGCAGGGUCUGAAUGGCACCCCCCUACUGACAGACGAUGACCUAACAGCCCUCGACGAGUUCUACAAACUGGUGGGACCUGAGCGUGACCAAAAUCUUAGGUUGAGUGAGCAGUACAACCAGGCAACCCUGCACUACUGGGACCUGCUGGAGGCAAAGGACAAGGCUGUAGCAGGAACAACAUACAAGGCACUGAAGGGGACUCUUGAUAAGGUUCUCCAGAGUGGCUACUUCGACAGUGCCCACGCGCACCAAAAUGGAGUGUGUGAGGAGGAAGAGCAACAGCUGGCAGUUGCGGAGACCCCUGAGGCGGAGGAGCAGCAUGCAGAGCCAGAAAGUGAAGUUUCUGAAGAAUACACCGAACCCAGUGAAGUGGAACAAACAGAAUUUGUGAACAGACAGUUCAUGUCAGACGCUGCUUACGGCAGCAGUGACAAAGAACAAGGAGAUGAGUGGAGCACAGAUUCAGAGGUUGUUAGUGCUAUUCGGCAGCAGUCCCCUGUGCAAUCAGCCCCUCCUGUUGUCGCUGCUGCAGAGCCCCACGCACUGAACCCAGUGACACCUACAGCCUCUGCAGACCCAGUUGUCAGAAAACUGAGGGUACAGGACCUCAUGGCACAAAUGCAGGGCCCCUACAACUUCAUGCAAGAUUCAAUGCUGGAGUAUGAGAGUCAGGCCAUGGACCCAGCAAUUGUUUCUGCACAGCCCAUGAAGACCGCACAGAGCAUUGAUAUGCCACAAAUGGUCUGUCCUCCAGUUCAUGCUGAAUCCAGACUGUCACAACCCAACACAGUACCUGUACAGCCAGAAGUCACACAGGUCCCUAUGGUCUCCCCAGUGCCUGAAGCUUUCUCUACAUCUCAACCCUUGUACCAGACUUCCCUCACGACGGACCCCCACCCACAGACAGAAGCCAUGGACCCCAUUCAAGCUUCAAUGUCCUUGGCCUCCGAGCAGCCCGCAGCUUCUUCAGCACUUCCUGCUGCGUCCCAGCCCCAGGUAUUUCAGGCUGUGUCCAGCAAACCCCUCCACAGCAGCGGGAUAAACGUCAACGCCGCUCCUUUCCAGUCCAUGCAGACGGUGUUUAAUAUGAAUGCACCUGUUCCUCCUGCCAUUGAGGCAGAAGCACUGAAACAGCCAAGCCAAUACCCAAGCAGUUACAGCCAGGGCUUCAGCAGCCAGACUGCACACCAGGUGGAGCAGCCAGAGCUACAGCAGGAGCAGCUGCAAUCUGUGGUCGGCAGUUUCCAUACACAAGACCAAACCAUCCCAGCCACAGGUGGCCAUCAGCAGCUAUCCCAACAGCCUCAGCAGGGUAGCGGCUUCCCGCGUCCCGGCCAGUCCUUCUACAACAGUCGGGCCAUGUCCCGGGGCGGACCCCGCAACUCUCGUGGCAUGCUCAAUGGCUACCGGGGACCUUCAAAUGGCUUCAGAGGUGGAUAUGACAACUACCGUCCUCCUUUCUCCAACACUCCGAACAGUGGCUAUGGGCAAUCCCAGUUUAACGCACCUCGUGACUACUCCAACAGCAGCUACCAACGGGAUGGAUACCAACAGAACUACAAGCGGGGAGCUGGCCAGGGUCCUCGAGGUUGCUCUCGAGGUCGUGGAGGUUCGUUGAGACCCACCCGAGGAAUUCCACACAUGACAGCUCAGCAAGCAAAUUAACCCUCCACGUCAAUACCUGAAAUACUCCCCCCCCCCCCACCCCCCCACUUCACUCUCUACCCCUGUAUUUGACAGCCAGUGUCAUGAAAAACAAACUUCAGCAGUGAUUUACAUACUCUAUCUGAGAUGUCAACAAUCCAACCACCAAAGCUUUCUCUGUGGCCAUCUUCAAAUCUAAACUCCCCCUUUGCUAUCGUACCAGAAUAUUUACAUCCACUUAAAUUGGCCAGUGCCUGCGUAUCAGAAGCCUUAAUCUCAACCAGGAAUCUUGGUGCAUUUUAGGUUUAAAGGAGUUGGAAGGUGGACAUAAGAGGUGGCUGCAUAUUAUAUGGGAGUUCAUCAAAAUUGGCUCCCCCCUCCCUCCUGUCAAGGACAUUGGAAAUGCAUGAUUUAGGUAAACCAGGCACACACAAACAAGCUCUUUUCUUUGUUAUACGAACACCUUCUGUAUGUGAUGGCCCUCAAUACACAAAGCAGAUUCACAUGCCCAAAUGCUGUGUUUGAUGCAAAGAUUCCAGGUGCAUGUAGUCUACAAUCUUUUUCAGGCAACCAGGUGCUGUGAGGUUGCCUAGUGAAGAUGUCCAGUGAAAACCACACAAGCCAACAUAUUCACAGACGUUUUCUUGAGCCUGAAAGCCAAACAUUUAAAAUAAUAAAAAUAUCGUUCAACUAUACUGUAAACAAUUUAAAGAAAGAAUUACAGAGGUAUAUGAACUAUAGUUUCAUGUCAAUACAAUAGUCUUUUUCAUAUGUGUGCAGGAAGAUAUUGGGAACCAGGGUGUCCCGAAAUCUCAUUCCUUUUAGUUUUGUAACUCCUUACUUGCAUACCUGCUACUGAAAAAAGCUCUCCUCCAUGCUGUUAUACAAGUCAAAUAUAAUGUAAAACUAUAAGAAACUAAGUCAAGUGGACCCAUGCUUUGGCUGGUGCUGCCUUCAGUGUACACAUUGAGAAACGGUAUCUAGACACUGAGGAUGGCACUAGCCAAAACUUUGUAUACUUGACUUUGUUUCUUACAGUUUUACCUUAGGAUUCUGAUUAAGCAUUUUACAGUUCUGGAAAAGCUAAAACAUGCCAAUGCUUGUGUAGGAAAUAAAAAAAGCUCAUCUUCUUUAA